GCCACAGCCGAGCUAGAAGAAAGAUGGCGGCAGCCGUGCGACAGGAUUUGGCCCAGCUCAUGAAUUCGAGCGGCUCUCAUAAAGAUCUGGCUGGAAAGUAUCGUCAGAUCCUGGAAAAAGCUAUUCAACUAUCUGGAGCAGAUCAACUAGAAGCUUUGAAAGCUUUUGUGGAAGCAAUGGUAAAUGAGAAUGUCAGUCUCGUGAUCUCUCGACAGUUGCUCACUGAUUUCUGCACACAUCUCCCUAACCUGCCUGAUAGCACAGCCAAAGAAAUUUAUCACUUCACCUUGGAAAAGAUCCAGCCUAGAGUCAUUUCAUUUGAGGAACAGGUUGCUUCCAUAAGACAGCAUCUUGCAUCCAUAUAUGAAAAAGAAGAAGAUUGGAGAAAUGCAGCCCAAGUGUUGGUGGGAAUUCCUUUGGAAACAGGACAAAAACAGUACAAUGUAGAUUAUAAGCUGGAGACUUACCUGAAGAUUGCUAGGCUAUAUUUGGAAGAUGAUGAUCCAGUCCAGGCAGAGGCUUAUAUAAAUCGAGCAUCAUUGCUUCAGAAUGAAUCAACCAAUGAACAAUUACAGAUACAUUAUAAGGUAUGCUAUGCACGUGUUCUUGAUUAUAGAAGAAAAUUCAUUGAAGCUGCACAAAGGUACAAUGAGCUCUCUUACAAGACAAUAGUCCAUGAGAGUGAAAGACUAGAGGCCUUAAAACAUGCUUUGCACUGUACCAUCUUAGCAUCAGCAGGACAGCAGCGUUCUCGGAUGCUAGCUACUCUUUUUAAGGAUGAAAGGUGCCAGCAACUUGCUGCUUAUGGGAUCCUAGAAAAAAUGUACCUAGACAGGAUCAUCAGGGGAAAUCAACUUCAAGAAUUUGCUGCCAUGCUGAUGCCGCACCAGAAAGCAACUACAGCUGAUGGUUCCAGCAUCUUGGACAGAGCUGUUAUUGAACACAAUUUGUUGUCUGCAAGCAAAUUAUAUAAUAAUAUUACCUUUGAAGAACUUGGAGCUCUUUUAGAGAUCCCGGCAGCUAAGUUCAUUUUGAAACACGAGAAGCCCUGCCAACAUGGGACAAGCAGAUCCAAUCCCUGUGUUUCCAAGUGAAUAAUCUUUUAGAGAAAAUCAGUCAAACAGCACCAGAAUGGACAGCACAAGCCAUGGAAGCCCAGAUGGCUCAGUGAAUCCUUGCAGAACUUCUGUGCACACUAUGUUUUUUUCCCAUGUUGUGCAGAUUUAUUUCACUCUCUCCAAAGCGUUUGCACCAUAUAUUUCAAUCCCUUUUAUGCUGGACUCCAUUUGAAGAAGACAUUAUUAAAGCAGGAAGUACAAGCAUUUAAAAUACCUAGUUCCCAUAUAUGCAGGGUCUCUGCGUAUUAAGCUGUCUCAGAUGUUUUGAAAGCUUUUUCUUUAAACAGAGUAGGUAAGAUAUCUGUGGCUAAAAAGUUUGGAAUUUGUGAUAACUUUGUAGUCAUAUAAAACUUAAGUGCUUUGUGCCUCUCCAAAUGUGGUUAUUCUAAUAAAUAGAGAAAUGAGCCAA